AUGGCUACCAGCAAACCUCUAUACCGUCCGGACAUGAACACGGAAAUAGCUAGUAGCGACGUCCUCUUCCAUGUGGACAUAGCAGCGACUGCUAAUCAGCCGGAGCCUGACCUUUUCAAUGCGCUUUCUAGGUUGCUCCAGGAGACAAGCAUCAUUGAAGUCGCGUACAGUUUCCAGGAGCAGACGGCGUACCUAGCAACGCUGUAUACCAUGUUGGUAUUGGGUAUCGUACUUUUUCUCCUACGAUACGCAAAUCGCAGCCUUUUUCGUUGGCACACGUGGGUAAAUAUCUUUGUCUCCUACUACUGUGCCAUCGGUAUUCUCGUCCUCAUCCCGCUCGACCUGGCCGUGACCAAACUCCAACGGGAGGCAAGGACGGUGGAGUCCUAUGAUCUCCUGUCUAUCUAUUCAAACAGCCUCUUUUUCCUCUAUGGAUGCUUGUUUUGGCCGGCCCAGGUGGUCGCGGGCGUGCUCCUGUAUUUCUUCGAGGAGUACAACGAAAGCGGGUACUUCACGGUUACCAAUCGUAUACUCGACGCCCUUAGAAACAUCGGACGCUUUUUGCUCCUUUGUUUGCUUGUGGGUGGCGUGGGGUUCGGGAUUUUGCUGGGAAGAGGCUACGUCUCGGAUGAGAAGGCUCUCUUGGUCACGGUUGUAACCGUCAACAACACGUACGGCUUGAUUGCCAUCAUGUCCACCCUCCACGCUCAUCGUCCUCAACCUCUUGUCCCUCGCCUUCAUUGCCUACGUCAUCCUCUUCGCCCUUUCUCAACUCCGCGUGGCCGACGUAAUGGAAAUCGCGCCAGGCCGAAAGACCAGUCCCAAGUCCCUCUCCUGCCAUGCUCGGCUCUCCUGCAAGCUAGCCCCUCCUUUGGCGUAUAA